AUGAGUUCCUUCAAUCGAGGUUUCGCUUCCACUCUCAACGGGUUCUGGCUUCAGGCCGGCAUAACACUGUGUUCCGCGUGGGCCUUCACUCUCUUCGGUUAUGACCAGGGUGUCCUCGGGGGCUUAAUUUCGCUGCCGGUAUUUCUUCGCGACAAUGGCAUUAACCCAGACGAUACCGAUCUACAGGGAACCAUUGUCGCCAUCUAUGAUAUUGGGUGUCUAGUCGGCUGCAUCAUUUGUGGCUUCUGUGGCCAGAAGCUUGGACGCCGCACCUUCAUCGUUAUCGGCGGCGCCCUCCUGGCGGUUGGAGCCGGUCUUCAGGCUGGCGCACAUGGGACAAGCUACCUCAUUGCUGGCCGCGUUAUCGGUGGCAUUGGGAAUGGCAUUGAGACCACUAUGGUUCCAAUUUGGGUCGCUGAAACUUCCAAGGCAGGUAGCCGAGGCGCCCUGAUCGCUACGCAAUUGACUAUCGUUAUCCUCGGCCUGACAAUUGCCUACUGGUUCGACUAUGGCAUGAUUAACAACCACCCUGACACAUCAAUUGUAUGGAGGCUCCCGUUGGCCUUCCAGGUCGUCUUUAUAGCGCUGACCUGGAUGCUCAUCUUUCUGCUACCAGAGAGUCCACGGUAUCUCUAUUCUCAGAACCACCAUGACGAUGCCGACGAUGUCAUGGCCCGCAUCUACGAUGUGCCUCUCGACGACCCGUCGGUGGCCAGUCACCGGCAAAAUGUCCUGGGAGCCUUGGAGGCCGAGAAAGAGAUGAAAUUCAGCUUCUCAAAUAUGUUCUUUGACAAAUCCCCCGUCAAUACUUCUUGGCGUCUCUGGCUUGGUGUGCUCGUCCAAUUCUUCCAACAAAUGGACGGAAAUAACAUUGUCUCUUACUAUGCCACCUACUUGUUUAUUCAUAGCUGCGGCAUGUCACAGAGUCAGGCAUCCAUUACGUCUGGGGGUGUGACUCUACUUUUCCUAGGAGGUACUGCCACUACUAUCUACACGGUCGAGCGAUGGGGUCGCCGGCCAGUCUUGUUAUAUGGUGCUAUGCUAUGCUCACUAUGGAUGAUUCUCUACACCAUCGGAUUGGCUGUGAACACCGGCCCUUCCCUAAAAUUAGCCGUAGUAUCAAUUUUCCUUUUUGAGUUCUGCUUUGGUGCUUCCUGGUGCGGUUUACCUUGGAUUUACGUGCCUGAGAUUGCCCCACUCCAUGUCAGGCAUAUUGGUACUUCAAUGGCCGUGUUCACUCAAUGGUUUAUUACAUUCAUUAUUGUCAAGUUUGGCCCAACGGGCAUCUCAGAUAUUGGUUGGAGGUUCUACCUCCUGUUCUGUGUCUUCAAUGUGUUAGCCAUCCCCUUUGUCUAUUUUUGCGUCAAGGAGACCAAGGGACUUAGCUUGGAGGAAAUCGACUUGCUGUUUGCUAAGAAGGAAUAUAGACACGUGCUGGAGGCAAGAAUGCGUGGUGAUGGGUCAAGCAGAGAUGGAAAGGAGGAAAUAGAGAUGGUAGAGGAGGUCGAUAUAAAGACUUGA